AUGGGGCGUGCAGGAGUCGAAAUAACACCUUGGACGCCUCCUCCGCCGUCUCUGUGCGCCGAAGGGAAAAGAGCCGUCAUGCAGCCAGCUCAGGCCGGGGUGUCCUUCGAGGAGGUGGCCGUGGAUUUCACCCGUGGGGAGUGGGCCCUGCUGCACCCACCCCAGAGAGCUCUCUACAAGGAAGUCAUGCUGGAGAACUUUGGGAACGUGGCCUCUCUGGGACCUCUGACUGCCAAACCUGACCUCAUAUAUCAGCUGGAAGAAGAGGAAGAACGGUUUCUCCUGGGCUCUGAUGAAGAGGACGGAUUGGCAGUUUUCCCUGAAAAGAGCUUGGGGGAACUGUGGAGGCCGAAAUGGUACCUGUGGAUCUUCGACCCAGGGCAAGAGGCAGUUUCCUUCUGCCUGCUUUCAUGGCCCUUACGCCAAGUGAAGUUCUUGUCACAGCUGCUGGCGGAACGUCAGCUCCUACAGUGCCAAGACCACGGCGGUACAGCUCGGAAAAUCCACAACGACGAAUGA